AUGGAUAAUUUCGAUUUCAAUAGUGCAAGAUCAACACCAUUUACAAGUCCACCAUCAACACCAAAGCCCUUUAAUGGUGAUUAUUACUUCAGUGCUCCACCAAGUCCUUCUCAUCUUAACCAAUUUUAUCGCGAAUUCGACAGUUUAUUCAUUGCUGAUGAUGACAAUAAGGGUGAGUUUGCUUUUGAUGUUCGUCAAGAAUUGGAAACUAGCUCUGUUUCAGCUGAAGAAUUGUUUGAUGGUGGAAUGAUAAAGCCAUUAAAACCAUCCCCUGUUUUGCAAACUGAAAAGAAAAACAGAGUAUUUUCUCCAAGAAAGAAAAAAGAUCAAGAAAAAACAGAGUACUCUGUUUUACAUACUCAAAACCAAAGGGAAAGCAGGGGAAAACAGAGAGUUCAUUCAAAUGGUUUGUCAAAUUCAUCAAGUAGAAGAUCAGCAAGGUCACUUUCACCUAUGAGAGUUUCACAGUAUCCAUGGGAAGAAGAACAACAAGAAAUUACAAAAGAAUCUUCUAAUUGUAAUUGCUCUGUUUUAGCUUCAUCAUCAUCUAAAGGAAGCAAAAAAUGGAGAAUCAAAGAUUUUUUCUUGUUUAGGAGUGCAUCAGAAGGAAGAGCAUCAGAUAAAGAUCCAUUAAAGAAAUAUAGAGUUGCUUGCAAAGAAGGAAAAAAUUCAAGCUUUAAGGGAAAUGAUGGAUCUGUUUCUUCUUCAAAUAAAUCAAUUGUUACAACAAGGAGGAAAAAAGGACAAGUUUCAGCUCAUGAAUUGCAUUAUACUGUAAACAGAGCACUUUCAUCAGAUUUGAAGAAGAAAACUCUUUUGCCAUACAAACAGGGGAUUUUUGGACAAUUGGCUUUCAAUCCUGCAGUUCAUGCAAUGGCUAAUGGCUUUGGAUUAUCACGAAAAAAAUGA